AUGUCCGCCGUCAUUGUGAUGGCGGCUCGUGUCAAUAUUCUUGGUCGGGUCAAGGCUUGGGAGCUGGGUCUCGGUACAAAGUUAUGGACUCAGGAUUCACAGGGUCAAUCUGUCCUUUCUGGGGAUAUCGCAUCUUUGUUCCGGGAUAUCGGCGUCGCUGUUGAUGCGUCGGUGGAAAACCCCCGCUUCCUCGGUAUACAUUCUUUGAAUUCGGUUGCCCUGCCCAACGGUGGAAAGCUCAGUUAUGGUGCCCUAGAAAGCCUGCUUCCCUCGCCAGAUGCUAGCUUCGAGCCUAAAGACUAUGAUGAGCAUGGUUUAACACUCACAGACUAUAUAUUCCCUGCUAUUCGUUUCCUUGGUGCCUUCUUUGAAAACCAGCCGAAUUGCACAGCCUUUAUCCAGGCCGGAGGGUCGGAGUUUGUCCUUGACUAUGCUACGCUCCAGGGCAUGUCUUUCCAUUUCCACAGCACAGAUGCCAACCAAGAAUUGACGGUCCUUGUUCACAUGCUCGCUGAGACAAAACCACACCUCAUCAUACCUUCCCUGGUGGACCGCGCGCAGCUUGCAGUGAACAACCUUUCGGCCUUCUCGACAUCCCCCAGUCCUUCUGGAUUCUUCACUGCACUGAUCAAGCCCAAUGACUCAAGUGAACCGACCACAGAGCCCACACUCGCCGCUCAACAUGGCACAUUCUUCGCCAAGCACCUGAAUGCUGUUCUGAUUCUGACUGAUCUUCUGCGCGAGGUUUUCGCCUUGCCGCUAUAUCAGACCCGAUCGGUUAAUCAAACUGCUCCUUUCGCUCAAGUCAAUCUUGCGGAUCGUUAUUGUACAUUGGUUGCCUCGCUUGGUGAUCUCCAAGCAGCAUGUGUCUGGGAAGAGAUCAUGCUGGAAAAGAACAUCCCCGAGAAAUGGGUGCAGUCAACUGGUAUUACUAGCAACCAGAAUGCAAAGAAUAACUCACAACCUCAGCAAGCCACGGCUUCUGCAACUGCAGCCUCGCGCGAAGGAACAACAGUUGCCGAGGGCAGCAAGACUCCUGCACCCGAGCAGACCGCGAAUGAUGAGGCCAAGCCAGACGAAGAGACCCCUGCUUUCAAGAAUGCCCAAGCCCUUCGUUACCUCUUGAGUGGCCUACCAUCCUCUGUCACUGGCUUUUUCCACAACCUUGGACUCAGCCUCAUUACCAAGAGACGACCUACUACUGAUCAAAAGGCGAAACAGAAUGCCACAAUGGUUGCUGAUGCCAUAGCGGAAUCUGUUCUUCGACAGCUUCAGUUGGCUGCUGCAAACUCUUCUGACAGCCCGAGACAUCGAUUCGCGUAUCUCAUUGUGACCCUUUCCUCGUUCUCGCAUCUUCUAUACGAGGUCUCCAAUGAGCGUCCUCAGUCAAACUACUUGACAAUGGUCCUCGUGGCUUUCAAGCGACAAAAUGGUCUGAAUGUUCUCAAGGAGAUUAGCCAAAUGUUUAUGCGUGAGAUCCAGUCUCUCAAGCCUUCGGAAUACGCCCCUUAUACCGAUAAGAAAAUGCCCGAUGAGCUCACAUCUGCCUACGGUGGAAUCAAGAUUAUCCUUGCUCUAUUUUCGGAACUCGCGGGAGGAAAGAGUAUCGUCGACUCCAGCCAGACUCAGGCCUUGACCAGUCAUCAAGACCGUGACCGUGGCAGCUCCGAUUACUUCCAUUCGGGUCAAUUCAUCGUCGAUCUUCGCAUGCAGAUUCUACCCAUGGCCCAGGAGAUGUGGAAUUCCGACUUUGCGACUCAAUCCGAAAGUUCGGUCAUCAAGUGCCUUAUUGAUAUCCUUCGGUCAUCUCUGGACGGAGAGUACGAGAGCGGAGCUGCUCAUGAGUCAGAUACCCAGCCUCCUCUGUCCGAGACGCCUCGCCGUGCAUUUGUGGUCAGCAAAGAACGGGCCGCAUCUCUGGUGGAAAAGGGAUAUAAUGACAAUGAAUUGAAUAAGGAGGCCCUCUAUCGUUGCAACAAUGCGCUCGUCAAUGCAGAAGAAUACUGCAAAGCACAGAAUUGGCUCCGAGCUCCGCCAAGACUUCCCCCGGGCCCCAACGAUCUUCAAACCGGUCAUUCUGACACUGCUUCAGGCGGAGAAGCUGCGGAUGAGCCUGUUGGCCCAGAGGGUGCGCUGUUCAACGGUGGCGGUUUCCUUGAGCGCUCUGGUCUCGCAAUGCUUCUGGCUCAGGCAGGACGACCUGUUGAUGACCCGAUGAACCCCGAACAAGGUGAUGGGCAAGAUAUGGAUCCUCUCAUGCGGGACGGCUUGGCUCGUGCAAUUCACAAUGUUCUGAACGACGAUGACAUGGCCACAGAUGACCAGGCUGAAUCUUCAAACCAAACUCGCGAUGCGCAGUCCCAUGACGAUGGGCCGCCCCUCGAACCGAUCAAUGCUCCUCCUCCGGCUCCUGCCGCAGCCCCGAGUGAAUCCGCUCCUCGCCGCCAACUAGUGACAGUCGAGUCCCUGGACGUGGAACGGGAACAAAUCCGCUCAAAUCUCAUCGAUCGAUGCCUUGACGUUUUGAACGAGCACCAUGACGUUUCCUUCGAGCUCGCGGACCUUAUCUCUUCUGCCAUUAAAAAGCAUCCCGAGCCUGAGAACUUCCGUCGCGAUAUCGGAGAAACUCUUGUUCAGUCCCUCGUCUCUCUGCAGAUGGAGAACUUCCAGACUGCCGGCAAGAAGAUUGCUGCUUAUGCACACAUUCUCGCAUUGGUCCUGCAAGACCGCGACAUGUAUACGGCAACUCUCGAGGAACUGAAGGAUUGCUUCUCAACUUUCCUCGGCUUCGUCAAGCUCCCUGAAAAGGCUGACGACGAAAGGUUCCCGUGGGUUGGCCAUGUCCUGCUGAUUAUGGAGAAACUGUUGUCCGAUGACUGCAAGCCACCUGUUAUCACAUGGACCCCUCCUAAUCCCGAAAACCCCAGCGCUGAUAACGAUGGUCCCGCUCGACUCGAGGAACCUCUUGUUUCUCUGGAGGAAAAGACCAAGCUCUUUGAGGCUCUGGUGGAAAUUCUUCCUCGCGUGGGCAGGGAUGAGACCCUUGCUUUGUCUAUCUGCCGUGUCCUAGUCAUCCUCACUCGCGAGCGCAGCAUUGCGGCUCGUUUUGGCGAAAAGCGAAACCUUCAGCGCCUCUUCGUUAUGGUCAAGCAGUUGGCUAGCGCAACAAAUGACAAGCUUCAAAGCUCCUUCAUGAUCAUUCUGCGACACAUUGUUGAAGACGAGGCUACGAUCCGCCAAAUCAUGCGCGCUGAGAUCGUUGCUAACUUUGAGUCUAAGAAUACUCGCCAAAUCGACACUACCGGCUACGUUCGACAAUUGUACCACCUCGUCCUCAGGGCGCCUGAAAUCUUUGUCGAGGUCACCAACGAGAAACUGAGACUCCUUCGCUAUGACAGCUCACAGCGGCCGCAGAUUCUUGGUCUGAAGGCUGACAAGGACCGCACUACGCGUCUCCGCCAGGGUAAGGGCCUCGAAGAUGACACGAAUGAGCCAGCAGGUGAAGCGUCGGAUUCGACAGCCGCUCCGGUAGAGGAAGCCGCUUCAGACGAUAAGGACAAGGACAGCAAAAAUCAGGCCAAGACUGCCGAGCUCAAACCACCUGUGGUGGAGAAUCCAGAUGGUGUGAUCCAUUAUCUCCUGUCCGAAAUUCUGUCUUAUAAGGAUGUGGAUGAUAAGGAAACCACCGAGCCGGUUGAACAGUCUACUGCUGAGCAGACCGAUCCUCAAACUGAUGUCGAGAUGGGUACUGAUGAGCCAACGCCUUCUAUUGCGAGUAGCGCUGCUGAUUCUCAGCCCAACCGCGCUGCCAACCCUACCACGACUACAAAGAAGGGUGAAAAGCCGACGUUCAAGGCAGAGGAUCACCCCAUCUACAUUUAUCGCUGCUUCUUGCUUCAAUGUCUGACCGAGCUUCUAUCCUCCUACAACCGGACGAAGGUGGAGUUCAUCAAUUUCUCCCGCAAGGCCGACCCCUUGGCUACAACACCCUCGAAGCCUCGUUCUGGAAUUCUCAAUUACUUGUUGAACGUACUUGUCCCCAUCGGAACUAUGGAGCACGAUGAGUCGCUUUCAUUCAAGAAGCGCAGCAUCACUUCUGGCUGGACGAUGCAAGUUCUCGUUGCUCUUUGCACCAAGACCGGCGAGUUCGGCGGCGUCGGCCGUCGUCGAAACGAACACAAGCGCAACGAAGAAGACGAACCCGAGCUUGCUUUUGUGCGCCGUUUCGUUCUAGAGCACGCUCUUCGAUCUUACAAGGAUGCCAAUGCUUCUACUGAGCCUCUGGAUUCCAAGUAUUCCAAGUUGAUGUCCCUGGCCGAUCUUUUUGAUAAGAUGCUUAGCGGCUACUCUUACUCCCAGGAUGCAGGAUUCCCGUCUUCCACAAGACAACUCGCGAAGACGAUGUUCGAGAAGCAUUUCAUUCCUGCUUUGACAGCCUCUGUCGCCGAAAUCGAUUUGAAUUUCCCCUCAUCUAAGCGUGUCAUCAAGUAUAUCCUCCGCCCCCUCAACAAACUUACUCAAACAGCCGUGCUCCUUAGUGAGAACUCUGACAUCUCUAACCUCGGCGAAGCUGAUGAAGAUGAGAUUUCUUCGGCAACAUCUGUUUCUGACAUGGAGGACGAACGCGAGGAAACCCCUGAUCUAUUCCGACACUCUACUCUCGGCAUGCUCGAACCCCGACAUGAGGAAGAGACCUCCUCAGAGGAAUCUGAGGGCGAGGACGAUGAGAUGUAUGAUGAUGAGUAUGAUGAAGAAAUGGAAUACGACGAGGACAUGCCCGAAGAUGAUGGUGAGGUUGUCAGUGACGAUGAGGAUGGCGUGGGUCCCAUUGAAGGUCUUUCUGGUGAUGCUGUUGAGGUCAUUAUCGAUGAUGAGGAUGAUGAUGAGGAUGACGACGAUGAGGACGACGACGACGACCACUCCGAUAUGGAAGAAGAUGUGAUGUUUGCGGACGAAAUCACCGGUGACCAUGACAAUGACAGCCUCGAAGAUGGUGAAGAAGACGAGUGGGAGAGCGAAGAGAUGACCGAAGACGAAGAAGAAGCCGAGAUGAUGAACCAAUUCGAGGACGAAAUGGCGGACAUGCGCCAGUCUAACCGUCAACCCGAAGGUCACCACCGCAUCAAUGAUUUAUUCCGUGCUCUGAACGAAGCCGCCGGUGGAAUGGAUGAUCUCCACGGUGAAGGCUUGGGAGGAGAUAUCCACGAUGAAAUUCUUGAUGACUUGAACGAGGAAGGAGGUUUGUCCGCUUCUCUCCCCUUUCGUGAACUCGUUCGCUUAUACUUUCCAGAAGAUGACGACGAAAUGGACGAACUCGAAGAAGAAGGUGACGAUUAUGACGACUACGAGAUGGAUCAGGGAUCUGAAGGAGAGAUGGAAGGUAGGCUGAGCACCUAUGCAAGGGCGGAGAUGUGCCUCAAUUUCAUUACUGAUGCUUGUUUAGACGAUGAUCUCCUUGAGCCAUGGGGUUGGGAGGGCGAUGAACUGCCACCCCCUCGUGGCCACCAUAACCAUCGCUUCCGUGGUGGGCCAGGACCGGCUUGGGCAACUGUAACCGAAAUCAUGCCCGGUCGCAAUGGCGGCUUGGUACCAAUCCAACCUUACCAACGUGUCCACAGAGGCCAAAUGCCCGGAGGACGAAACGAUGAUGGCACUAAUCCUUUGCUAAUGCGUAACGACCGUGGAGAUGCUACUUCCCAACUCCGCGGACAAGGCCCCGAGGGCUUCUCCGACUGGCCUGCUCUAGAUGCACAGGGUGGUCAGGGUCGCCUCAUGCCAAUGGAUAGUCCCAUGAGCUUUAUGAAUGCCAUAAUGCAAGCCAUUGGUGGCCAAGCCCAGCCUGGCGUUGGAGUUGUUACUCGACCAGAUGGCAUCCAUAUUCACGUCGACCGCAGCACCGUCCUCCCCACCAACCGUCUCAAUGAUAUGUUCGGGCUCAGCCGAGGACAAGCCAAUCCCCCUCGUGGUCGCGAUGAUCCCCACCACGCCGUGAAGUUUUCCUUGUCUGUGACCAAGAACCGCUGGCAAGAGGAAGCUCGCAUUCUCUACAGCGGUACCUAUGUUGAAAAGUGCCAACGUGUUGUCAACUCCCUCCUGAAGGGCCUGGUGCCCCCUGCCCUCAAGGAGGAAGAGGAACGUCAAAACAUUGCCGAAGAAGAGCGCAAGAAGGCUCAAGAAGUCCGGGCCGAGAAAGAGCGACAAGAGCGCAUUGCACGCGAAGAAGAAGAGCGUGAACGCAAGCGCCAGGAGGAAGAAGAAAAUGCUCGACGCCAGGCUGAGCAAGAGCAAGAAGAAGCUGAGCGACAAGCUGCCGGCGGUGAUGAGCCGAUGGAAGACGUCCAAGAGACAGAGUCUGUUACCGGAGAAACUGCGACUUUGCCCGAGUCUGGUCCAGUCGAACCUGCUGAACGAGUCCACACCACCAUUCGCGGUCGCCAGCUUGAUAUCACUGGUCUGGAAAUCGAUCCUGAAUACCUCGAGGCGCUUCCAGAGGAACUCCGCGAGGAAGUUAUCAUGCAGCAGCUCGCUGAACAACGAUCCCAGGCUGCUGCCGCGGGCGAAGAACCAACCGAGAUUAACUCGGAAUUCCUGGAAGCUCUUCCUGCCGAGAUCCGUGAAGAACUGCUCCAACAAGAAGCCGCUGAUCGACGCCGACGUGAACGGGAUAGCGCCCGACGACAAGCCAACGUUGGUGGCGCCCCGCCACGUGCCGAAGACAUGGAUGCUGCCAGCUUCCUAGCCACUCUAGAUCCUUCCUUGCGCCAGGCCGUUCUUGCUGAUCAGCCCGAGGAAGUUCUCGCUACAUUAGGCCCCGAGUACCUGACGGAGGCACGAACUCUGGGCGGUCGACGCAUCGCUCAGUUUGGCGAUCUUCCCGGCAUUCCGGGCGCGGGGACUCGUCAACGGGGUGAGGCUGCUGAAGGUCAAGAGCCCAAGAAGCAGCAGCGUCGUCAAAUCGUUCAAAUGCUUGAUAAGGCUGGCGUUGCUACGCUCCUUCGUCUCAUGUUCAUGCCUUUGCAAGGAAAUGCUCGCCACCAAUUGAACGACAUUCUCCACAACGUCUGUGAGAAUCGACAGAACAGAAGCGAAGUCAUCAGCCUCCUUCUGUCUGUUCUGCAAGACGGUAGCGUGGACUCCUCCGCAAUUGAACGCAGCUUCUCCCACCUUUCUCUACGUGCCAAGGCUCCCGGUGUGCAAAAGACUCCUCAAUCCACCAAGCGCAACCCAACCAUUCAGUCUUCUUCCAGCGUCAGCACUGACGUUACUCCUAUCAUGGUGGUUCAGCAGUGCCUCGGUACACUGUCUUUCCUUUCGCAGUUCAACCCUCACAUCGCUUGGUUCUUCCUGACCGAGCAUGAUUCUGCCUCUUCGCUCAAACUCAAGGCAUUGCGAAAGGGCAAGGGCAAGGAUAACCGUUCUAACAAGUUCGCUCUGAAUGCUCUUCUUUCGCUCUUGGAUCGGAAAUUGAUCAUGGACAGCCCCAAUUGCAUGGAGCAAUUGUCUGCUCUUUUGAGCAGCAUCACUCAGCCACUCACUGUUCUUCUUCGUCGUGAGAAGGAGAAGCAAGAAGAGGAGAAGGAAAAGGGCAAGAAGGCCGAAGGAACUCAAGCCGAGGAAUCCGCUGAGCAGCCUGCUGACUCGGCAUCGGGUAGGGCGAAGAUGGGAAACCCGCCGAAAAAGAUGGCUCAAAACCUGGUGAGGAGGAAAAGCGCAAGCGCAAAUCCAUUGAGCCCCCCCGUCGUUCCCGAUCACAACUUCCGACUGGUUGUUCACAUCCUUGCCGCUCGCGAAUGCAAUGGCAAGACCUUCCGUGACACACUCUCAACCAUCAACAAUCUGUCUGCUAUCCCCGGAGCUCGUGAUGUUAUUGGCAACGAACUCGUUGGGCAAGCACAGACCCUAAGCGAUACAAUUCUGGCAGACUUGGAGGAACUUCUCCCUCAUAUCCACCAAGCCAAGACCGGCACAGACAUGCAAGGCUUGGCCCUGGCCAAGUUCUCCCCCGCCAGCUCCGAUCAAGCCAAAUUGCUGCGUAUCCUUACCGCCCUCGAUUACCUCUUCGAUCCUACUCGUGUGGACAAGUCCAAGGGUACUGAGCCUGAAGCCGCACCCAAGGAGGAUGUCCUCAAGAGACUCUAUGAAAGCGCUACCUUCGGGCCUUUGUGGACCAAAUUGAGUGACUGCCUGUCUCUUAUACGCCAGAAGGAGAAUAUGCUUAACGUGGCUACGAUACUUCUACCACUGAUCGAGGCGUUGAUGGUUGUUUGCAAGAACACCACUCUCAAGGACCAACCUAUCAACCGCAACAGCCGAGAAGCAUCUGUUAACAGUGCUCCCGAUGUUGGUCCUGGCAUGGAAAACCUUUUCUUCAAGUUCACUGAGGAGCACCGUAAGAUCCUCAAUGAGCUUGUCCGCUCCAACCCUCGAUUGAUGAGUGGCACGUUCUCCCUGCUGGUCAAGAACCCCAAGGUCUUGGAAUUUGACAACAAGCGCAAUUACUUUACCCGUCGUGUGCACUCUCGUGGCUCUGAGCCUCGUCACCCCCACCCUCCCCUCCAACUCUCCGUCCGUCGCGACCAGGUUUUCCUUGAUUCGUUCAAGUCCCUCUACUUCAAGACCGCGGAUGAGCUUAAAUACGGCAAGCUCAACGUGCGUUUCCACGGUGAAGAAGGUGUCGAUGCUGGUGGUGUGACUCGAGAAUGGUUCCAGGUCCUCGCUCGGGGAAUGUUUAACGCUAACUACGCUCUAUUCACCCCCGUUGCUUCUGAUCGGACCACAUUCCACCCUAACCGCCUCAGUGGCGUUAACUCGGAGCAUCUUCUGUUCUUCCGAUUCAUUGGGCGGAUCAUCGCCAAGGCUCUCUACGAGGGACGCGUUCUGGACUGUCAUUUCUCGCGCGCUGUUUACAAGAAGAUCCUCGGCCGGGCUGUCUCUAUCAAGGAUAUGGAAUCUCUGGAUCUGGACUACUACAAGUCUCUGCUCUGGAUGCUGGAGAAUGAUAUCACGGAUAUUAUUACUGAGACCUUCGCCAUCGAAACUGACGACUUUGGCGAGAAGCAAGUCAUCGACUUGAUCGAGAACGGCCGCAACAUCCCCGUCACCCAGGAGAACAAGGAGCACUAUGUCCAGCGCGUUGUCGAGUACCGACUCGUCGAGUCUGUCAAGGAGCAGAUCGACAAUUUCCUGACCGGCUUCCACGAGAUCAUUCCGCCAGACCUGAUCUCCAUCUUCAACGAACAAGAGCUGGAACUUCUGAUCUCGGGUCUUCCUGAGAUCGACGUCGAUGAGUGGAAGAAUAAUACCGAUUAUCACAACUACUCUGCCUCCUCGUCGCAAAUCCAGUGGUUCUGGCGUGCAGUCCGCUCCUUCGAUAAGGAAGAACGCGCCAAGUUGCUCCAGUUUGUCACGGGUACUAGCAAGGUCCCUCUCAACGGCUUCAAGGAGCUGGAGGGUAUGAACGGUGUCAGCAAAUUCAAUAUCCACCGCGAUUAUGGCAACAAGGAUCGCCUCCCUAGCGCGCACACAUGUUUCAACCAGCUUGAUCUUCCCGAGUAUGAAAGUUAUGAAGAUCUCCGUCACCGACUGUACACAGCCAUGACGGCUGGCAGCGAGUACUUCGGUUUCGCAUAG